AUGAUCUUUCCUAACUAUUACAAGGCGGUGAAGGACAAGCAUAAAUUGUUCAAAGAAAUGCUUCAUGAACGCUGCAUAGAAUUUUCCCUGCGCUUCCCUGCUGUGUUGGUCAUCAACCCCAAAGCAGAUGGAGGAUGGUGCCGGGAGCCUGACAACCCAAAGAAAGCCCUAGAAUACAUUGGAACCCUGGGAACUAUAGCGGACCAGUGGAGCCAGGCGGAGGGAGUCUUGAUACCAAAGGAAGAGAACUCAAAUAAGCUGGAGCAGUUCAGAGCCAUUUCGCCUCUCGGUGUGGAGGGGAAGAUCUUCAGUGUUCUAUACAGAAGGAUGACAGACUUCCUCCUGAAGAAUGCCUACAUUGACACUUUGAUUGAGAAAGGUGGCAUUCCUGGAGUUCCAAUGUGCCAUCUAGUCCUGGAGGAGAUGCAAGCAGGUAUGGAGGAGGAACAGACCAGUAGGAUGGUGGGCAUGCAGCAGCAGGGAGCAUGGACAAGGUGUAACGCCUUGGCCAUGCUACAGAUUAUAAUAUGCCGAAAUCAGAAACGUUUGAUCCGACCCUCAUCCUCCCAGGUGGCAGCUGGUUUCUUUUUCGUUAAGAAGAAGGAUGGUGGUCUCCGACCCUGCAUUGAUUAUCGCCAACUCAACGACAUCACCAUCAAGAAUAAAUACCCCCUGCCUCUGAUGAGCUCCACCCUCGAACCCCUGACCCAGGCGACUGUCUUCACUAAGCUGGAUCUCCGGAACGCCUACCAUCUCGUUCGGAUCCGGAAAGGGGACGAGUGGAAGACAGCCUUUAAGACUCCCCGUGGUCAUUAUGAGUACCUGGUAAUGCCGUUCGGCCUCACCAACGCCCCGGCGGUGUUCCAGGCACUCAUGAAUGACAUCCUUCGCGACAUGCUCGACCAAUUCGUUGUCGUCUACCUUGAUGACAUCCUCAUCUUCUCCAGGUCCCUCGAGGAGCAUGUCCAGCACGUGCGGCAGGUUCUCGAACGCCUCCUUCGUAACCGGCUGUUCGUCAAGGCUGAGAAAUGCCUGUUCCAUUCUGAGUCAGUGGACUACUUAGGUUUUAUCGUGGAGGGAGGCAAGACUCGAGCUGAUCCUCGCAAGAUCAAAGCGGUGGUGGAAUGGCCGGAUCCUAAGUCACGUAAGGAACUGCAGAGCUUCCUCGGGUUCGCGAACUUUUACAGGAGGUUCGUCCGAAACUACAGCUCUGUAGCAGAACCCCUCACCCGUCUAACCUCCCCCUCUCAGCCGUUCGUCUGGUCCCCAGCUGCUCGCUCUGCAUUUCUGUCGCUCAAGGAGAGGUUCACCAGUGCCCCCGUCCUACUCCAUCCCGAUCCCAAGAGGCAGUUCAUAGUUGAGGUGGACGCUUCGGACACCGGAUUGGGGGCUGUGCUCUCCCAACGAUCAGAGGCCGACCAGAAGGUUCAUCCUUGCGCAUUCUUCUCCCGCCGGUUCCUUCCCGCCGAGGAGACGGUGGUCAAGCGCGCCUUGCGCUCCAGUCCAGCCCCGAGCAACGUGCCGCCUCGCCGACUGUUUGUUCCGGACUCAGUGAGGUCUCGGAUCCUCAAAUGGGGCCACACCAGUCAGCUCGCUUGCCACCCUGGAGUCCACCGCACUUUCACUUUCAUAGCUCGACGGUUCUGGUGGCCCACUAUGAGGAGGGACGUCAAGGAGUUCGUCAUGGCCUGCACCAUCUGUGCCCGCAGCAAGGCCUCUCACCAGGCACCGGCUGGUCUGCUGCAGCCCCUUCCUAUUCCCAGUCGGCCCUGGUCCCAUGUGGCGUUGGAUUUUGUCUCUGGACUUCCUCCGUCUCAGGGCAACACAGUGAUCCUGACGGUGGUGGAUCGCUUCAGCAAGGGUGUUCACCUGGUGGCUUUGCCUAAGCUUCCUUCUGCUUCAGAAACCGCUGACCUCCUGAUGAGCCACGUCUUCCGUUUGCAUGGACUUCCCAAGGACAUUUUGUCAGACAGAGGGCCCCAGUUUGUUUCCCGUGUGUGGCGUGCUUUCUGCAAGGGGUUGGGCGCCUCGGUCAGCCUUUCGUCGGGAUAUCAUCCGCAGACUAACGGACAGACUGAGAGGAUGAACCAGAGUACUUUUGAUGUCCUCAUUAUACUCUUGAUCGAGGCUACACAUUAUCGGCAGUUAAAUGACAUCACUGUCAAGAAUAAAUACCCGUUACCCCUCAUGAGCGCCGCCUUCGAGCCCCUCACCCACUCUAACAUCUUCAUCAAACUGGACCUCCGUAGUGCCUACCAUCUCGGGCUUCAGCCAAGUGGCCGCUCCUCUUACCUCCACCCUCCACCGCUUCUCCUGGACCCGGAGACCGCCUUCCAGGCCCUGAAAAGCCUGUUCCCCGCGGCUCCGGUGCUCAUCCACCCAGUUCCAACUCGGCAGUUCAUUGUGGAGGUGGAUGCAUCGGACACGGGCAUUGGAGCCGUCCUCUUCCAGCAAUCGGAAGAGGUCCAGAAGACCCAUCCGUGUGCCUUCCUGUCCCGGCGCUUCACUCCCGCAGAACGCAACUACGACAUAGGGAAUCGUUCCUGCAACACCAAGGCUGACGCGCUCUCCCGUUUGUUCCUGGGGGAAGCCCAGGGCACUCCUGAUACCAUCCUUCCUCCCCGAGUGGUACUCGAGUGGGGCCACUCCAGUCACUUCGCCUUUACCCCCGGCGCUCACAGGACGUUGUCCUUCAUCCGCCGUCGCUUUUGGUGGCCCUCCAUGGAGGCCGACACGAAGGAGUUUGUCACCGCCUGUACCACCUGCGCCCGCACCAAGACAGCGGACCUCCUGGUCACCCAUGUCGUCCGCCUUCAUGGCAUCCCCCAGGACAUCGUUUCUGACCGUGGUACCCGUUCCCUUGCCGGGUGUGGCAGGCCUUCUACCAACGGGCAGGCGGAGAGGGUGAACCAGUACCUCGAGGCGGCCCUGCGUUGUGUGACCACCAGCAACCCCGCCUCGUGGAGCAAACAUCUGCCAUGGGUGGAGUAA